AUGGCAGCUUACAGCAAACCAUCAUUGCCCUCGAUACCCGGCUACGACCAACCAAGAUACCAAGACUCCACGCUGGAGCCAUAUCAGCAGCCCUUUUCUUCCCAGCAAGCGGACAAGUUCGCUCAGCUUAACCAGCAAGCCUUUGGCUCUAACCAUGCAGUCACUCCCUAUAUUGGCACGGUGCCGACCGUCGUGUCGUCCUGCCAACCAUCGUCCGGCAUCUUCGGCACCAAAGUUUAUUUGAAGAUCUCAGCCCAGUACGAAUUGUUCUCCAUGUCGUCGCCGAUGCCAUACUUCUUCCUGCAGUUCGGCAACGAGAGAUGCCCGAUGCAGGACGUGGCGAGAGACACGCAUGACGGCUCAGGCUUCAUCUACUCGUGCAGCGCCGAUGCGCCGCAGUUACUAGUCACGGGCUGCAGCUCCAGCAGCGUGCCUCUGUCACUAGUCAUCGAAGGCCCAACGGGCGAUGAGAUCUCGAGGACUACUGCAGGGCACUUCCAGUACCUGGAAGGGUCCGGAGAUGGCGUCACGAGACCGGACAAGCUGCCCAAGACCGAGCCGGGCGCACCUGGCACGCACGCCGUCGAUCAGCCGGGUCACUCACCGAAAUCUGGCGAGCCCCAAAUCAAUCCCGAGACUGCUACAAAUAGCUACGAUUACUCUUCCCAGCCUGCAUCCUACGCUACGACAUUUCCGCCACAGCCCAGCGACAUGAUAACAUACAGAAGUAACAGCUUCGCCGACUCUAGCUACGGGCGCCGUUCACUAGGAUGGAACGGCUUCAACACGCCGCUCGGCAGCACCCGGAACUCUAUCGGUGGUCUCGACGGAAUUGGACGCAGCAGCCUGACCCCCAGCUCCAUGUCGGCGCCCCCAGGAAACGCUCCCGCGCUUAUCCGUACAAGCACCAUCACGAGCGGAGCCGGCGCAGGGAACCAGUAUGCUGCCAUUUCUCUCUACGCGACCAAGGCCGUCUUGAAGAUUCAAGGUAAACUAGACUCCAUGGUGGACAACUGGACGCACGAGGAAUGGGAGAAUCGCCGUCGAAUCGUCGUCUUCCGGAAAUCCCAGAGCGGAUCGACUCUGACGGCUGACUUCCGCGCCGUGCCCGUGAAUGAGCGCCCGCAAAACAGCAUCUGCGUAUCGUGCAUAUAUUGGGCCGAGAAGAACGAGUGUUUCGUCACGUCGGUCGACACCAUCCAGCUCCUCGAACAACUCGUCGCCGCGCCGAACCGCUUCAGCGUUGAAGAGAAGAACCGUAUCCGCCGAAACCUCGAAGGAUUCCACCCGCUGACGGUCUCCAAGGCGAAGCCUGACAGCGAGGAGUUCUUCAAGCUCAUCAUGGGAUUCCCGAACCCGAAGCCGCGUAACAUUGAAAAGGACGUCAAGGUGUUUCCGUGGAAGGUCCUCGAGGGCGCGCUCAAGAAGAUCAUCGGCAAGUACAGCGCAAGCCCCAGUAGCCAGGUGCCGCCGGGGGCCGGGCCACCGGGUGGCAUGAACGGGCCGAUGAACCCGGGCCCGUACGGAGCGCUGCCGACGCCACCCACCGCCGCGCAGCACAUCUCCGCGCACCACGGCGAACCGCACGGCCAGUACUCGAUCACGUCCGGCGGCCAUCACGACGCCAUCCCGUCGCCGCGAUCCUUGUCUGGCUCGCAGGCUGGCGGCUGGACGCCGUACACAACCGCCUCGUAUCCCAGCGUCGGACGCACCCUCAGCCCCGGCGGCCUGCGAAACCACAGCCCUCACCACCAGGCGGCGCCACCACCAAUGCGCAUCAACACCAGCGUCCUCCCGGCCGUCAGCACAUAUGACACCAGGUCCGCCGGUGGCUACGGCGGCCACCCUCACAGCGGGCUGCACACGCCCAUCAGCCAGCACCCGACCGGCGCGGCCUCGACGCCCCCGCGAUGGGAUGCCGCGCCGGCCAGCUACGCCGAGAGUUACUCGGGCCUGUCGUCGCAGCACGGCCACGCGGCGCCGCCCAUGUAUAACGGUGCAGGGUACAGUGACGGCGGGUCUCGAGCAUAA